AUGUCAAAAAUUCCAGAAGAAAAAAUUAGUUCAGAACAUGAUCCUACUGAUGUAAAUACUCCAGUUUUAGAAGAGGUUAGUGAAGAGCAAGCUUUGAACGUAAUAAUUUUGCCAAUUGAAAAAAAAAGUAGCCCUAAUUCGGAUACUAAGAAAGAGUUUGAAGAGAAUAGUUUGGAGAAAGGAUGUGAUGAAAACAAAAGUAAUGAUAAAAAAAUCAAGAGCAAUAAUAAAAAUAAUAAAAAGAAGAUUCCUAAAAGAUCAACCAAAAAAAGAAUUAAUUAUUCUGAUGAUAACUAUUAUAAACAAUAUCAAAAUGCUUUCAACUAUAGGACAAUUGCUAAAGAAACCAAUAAUGUUACUAAUAGCAAGACCAAGACUGCUAAUAAGGCCAAUAGUAAGACUAGUAAUAAGUCUAUUAUUCGGAGUAAAAUGGUUCAUCAUAGUGAUCCUGAUGGUGAUAAAAAAUUUACAUCAUUGCAUUCCGCAAGUCGACCACGAAGAAAAAUUACCAAGAAUUAUUCAGAACAAGAGUAUUAUAAAAAAUUUCAAUCAGCAUUUAUAAGAAAAUUAUACUGA